AAAUUCUGGCUCAGAAGCAGUCUCUGGGCACUUUCUUUCUUCCUUGACACACUGUAGAUAUAUGGGUUUGCUUUGAUGUGCUUAUAUGUUGCAUGCUAUAUGUUAGUGUGAAAUUCCAAGGGAAAGCAUUUCAAAAGCACAGAACACCUGUUGUGGUCGACCUCAAGCACCCUGGUGUUGAAUUCUGAGAAGCUGAAGGAAGGGUCGCAGGAGAAUAAGAAAAGGACUGAGCAAAGACAUGAUAUUUUCAUGGAAAUGUCAGGGCAUUCAAAAGACCUUCUGGGAAAUCUUCAUGUUUUGGGUUUGGAUAGUGCUUUGCUGUGAUUUCCUCACAUACCAUGGAAUCGACUGCUGGACCUACCAUUAUUCUGAACGACCCAUGAACUGGAUAAAUGCUAGAAAGUUCUGCCAAAAUAAAUACACAGAUUUAGUUGCUAUACAGAACCAAGAGGAGAUUGAGUACCUGAAUGAAAUACUCCCCUUCAACCGAUACUAUUACUGGAUAGGAAUCCGGAAAGUAGGAGGGGUCUGGACUUGGGUGGGAACCAACAAAUCUCUCACAAAAGAAGCGACUAACUGGGGGCUUGGGGAACCUAACAACAAGAAGUCAAAAGAGGACUGUGUAGAGAUCUACAUCAAGAGAGAGAAAGACAAAGGAAAAUGGAAUGACGAUUCUUGCCAGAAAUCCAAGAUGGCCCUCUGCUACACAGCUUCUUGUCAUUCUCAAUCAUGCAGUGGUCAUGGAGAGUGUAUAGAGACCAUCAACAAUAAUACCUGCAACUGUGAUGUGGGCUACUAUGGUUCCCACUGUGAAUUUGUGAUUUCGUGCCAGCCUCUGGAGGCCCCAGAGCUGGGAACCAUGACCUGUAUUCAUCUAUUGGGAAACUUCAGGUUCAAAUCUCAGUGUACCUUCAACUGCUCUGAGGGAACAGACAUGAUUGGAAUUAAAGAAACCACUUGUGGACCACUUGGAACCUGGUCAUCUCUGGAACCAACCUGUCAUGUGGUUCGGUGUAGCCCUCUAACAGCACCUGAAUGGGGGAUCAUUGAUUGCAGUCAUCCCCUGGCCAACUUCAGCUUAACCUCAGUGUGUACUUUCAGCUGCUUAGAAGGAGCUGAGAUAAUUGGGGAGAAGAAAACUACUUGUGGACCAUCUGGGAACUGGUCUAACCCCAGUCCAAGAUGUCAAAAAUUGGAUAGAAGUUUCUCACAGAUAAAGAAUGGUGACUAUAACCCCCUUUUCAUCCCCUUGGCUGUGGUGGUGACUGCCUUUUCUGGGCUGGCAUUUAUCAUUUAUCUGGCAAGGAGACUAAAAAAAGGUAAAAGGUCUCAGGAAAGCAGGGAUGACUUAUAUUAAACCGGCCUCUGGGGAAAAAAAGAAAGUUCUUGGGAUACUCAAAUCACUGGAACCUAAAAUAUCAUUCCUGUCCUGCCACAUGAUAAGUGCUGCAUGCAGUGUCACUGAAGAUGAAGUGUUUCUGUGCCUGUGAAGAGAUUUUCCUCUGACCAGCGGCUCCUCCAGCUCCCAUCCCUAUUCUGUGGUUGUGGUUUUGUAGCUCAACAUUUAUUUUCUUUUUCAUGGAGAAAUGAGACCACAAUGAAAAGGAUCGAUAUGGAAUAUAAAUAAGCCUUACUUCAUUAUCCUUCUUGACUUUUUUUUUCCUUAAAAAAAAUGCCUUGAUUCAUCUGUAGAGAGGAAGCUUCACGAGUAGUGAAGCAGGGCUGCAGGUGUCUCCUUUUCUCAUCCAAUUUCUCUAUCUUAGUGAUAAUAAAACAUUUUUAAAUGAACAAA